UAUGGUAGAAUUGAUUUGCUUCGGUUUGCUUUCGGCUUUACACCGUUAGCAAGGAAGAUCAUCAGAGACAAGAAGGGUUUUGGAGGAAAGACAAGCUAUCCACCUAUAAUGCAGUUGAAAGAUGUGCAAGUCCCAACGAUUCCUUCCCUGAGGAUCAUCAAUCGCGAGAUCACAUUUGAGAAACUCGGCGAAAUCCUUGAAGAAGAACGAACAGAACGUGUUGACGAGGUAGCCGAGCAUGAUGAAGAGAUCCAGCAAGCAGAAGAGGAACAAAUGCUUAACGACGAUCAUGCAGCCGAAACAAAUGCCGAUGGUUCGAGGAAUUCCUUGGUCUGGGAUGUUGUAG